ACUGUAGCUCAACCAACCAUAAUGCAYGUGGUACGGUUAAUGUGUAAACGAAGAGGCUAGCUCUUCUGUAUCAAAAUAAAACACAUAAAUUGGUUGCUGCAACGUUAUUUCGAUGGCAACAGUAGAACCCAAACUCAUCCUUUUAUUUAGUGGGAAACGCAAAUCUGGAAAAGAUUACGUGACGGAUUUGAUUCACAAAAGACUAGGUCCAGAUGUAUGCUGUAUCUUGCGUCUCUCGGGUCCUCUUAAACAGCAAUACGCACAGGACCAUGGAUUGGAUUUUGAGGAGCUGUUGGGAGCAGGUGAGUACAAGGAGAAGUACCGUGCUGACAUGAUCCAGUGGGGUGAGAAGCAGAGGGAGAAGGACCCAGGGUUCUUCUGUCGUGUGUCCAUCAAGGCAGCCCAGCAGCCUAUCUGGAUUGUGAGUGAUAUGCGGCGUCUGUCAGACCUGCAGUGGUUCUGGAGGGAGUAUCCUAGUCAGUCUCGCUGUGUUCGGGUGGAGGCCUCAGAAGAGACACGGCGGGAGAGGGGCUGGGAGUUCACAACAGGWAUAGAUGAUGCAGAGUCUGAAUGUGGGCUCGACCAAGGAGUGGAUUUUGAUUGGAUAAUCAAAAAUGAGGGCGAUGGAUCACAACUGGAGGAGCAGCUUGCUACUGGACUGCUCUCAAUAGCCAAAGAAAAGGUGAAAGAAGACUGAAUUGGAGGGGACAUUACACAGCUGUAGGAACUUGCUGAAAGCUCUUGUUGGAAAGUGUAGUUGGGUUUACAUUACACUAUUUUCUGUGAAAAUCCUUGAACAUCUUUGUUACACUGAGGAGCAACAGAAAGUGAGAAUAUGUAGUAUUUAUUUCUCCGUGUUCUGUACUAUCAACUAAGUAGCAGGGCAAGAAUACUUCAAUCUGAUCAAACACCCAAACAUGUACAGUGUGUAUAUUAGCACUGACCAAUAUGUGAAUUUACAUGGAUCACACACAGGUAACUGCCAAAAUAAAWCACUUGAGAAAAUAAA